AGUGCGUGGGGGGCGUGUCGCGUGGCUGGGGAGCGGGCGCCGUCUUUCUCUCUGUGGAGAGGCUCUUGUCGGGCGCCGUCCGUGGUUCCUUCCUCGCGAUGCCGGCGCUGCUGGAGCGUCCGAAGCUGAGCUCGGCCAUGGCGCGGGCCUUGCACCGCCACGUCAUGGUCGAGAGGGAGCGCAAGCGGCAGGAGGAAGAAGAGGUAGACAAGAUGAUGGAACAGAAGAUGAAGGAAGAGCAGGAGAGGAGGAGGAAGAAAGAGAUGGAGGAACGCAUGUCCCUGGAGGAGACCAAGGAGCAGAUCCUGAAGCUUCAAGAGAAACUCCAAAAUCUGCAAGAAGAAAAACAUCAGCUUUUCCUGCAGCUGAAGAAGGUGCUUCAUGAAGAAGAGAAACGCCGACGCAAAGAGCAAAGUGACAUGACAACUCUGGCAGCGGCGGCAUACCAGCAGGGAAUGGCAGUACAUGCGGGGACUCACAUCCUCAACCUGCAAGGGAGUCCUGGGGGGCAUAACCGGGCCGGGACCCUGAUAUCAGCUGAUCGAGCCAAGCAGAUGUUUGGGCCUCCUGUGAUUGCAACGCGUCACUUUGCCACGCAGCCAGCUUUCCCAACCAGCGCGCCAGAGCAUGGGCAGUACCAAGGCAGCCAGUCAGGACACAGUCCUUACACUGUGGGCCAAAGCCAGCACACGGUGCCUGUCAGCUAUGCCAGCAGCCAGUCGAUCAGAGGUCCCUCCGCUUUCCCAACCAUGCAGUACUUGUCGCAGCAGCAACCGGGCUACAGCAUCCACAGCCACUUCCCCACAGCCCAGCCAGGUUUUAUUCCUCCAAGCACCACCAUCCCACUCCAGAAGCAGCUGGAACAUGCCAACCAGCAGUCAGGAUUUACUGAUUCGUCGACCCUGCGUCCGAUGCACCCUCAGGCCCUCCACCCCAACCAGGGGCUCCUGCCGGCCCCACAGAUCCCUGUCCAGAUGCAGACGGCUGCCAAGCCCACUUUGGCUUAUACUCACCCGGCCCGGCCCGCGUCCCCCGGCAGCUUCUCCCAUGGAACAGCCCCCCAGCAGCCCCACACGUCCGGCUUCCAGGCUUCUCCCCAGCCGGCACCUCGGCAUCCCUUCAUACAGCACCCGCAGGGGCAGCGUUUCUACCACAAGUGAGGGCCAUUGGGGCUUGGCUCCCCGUGGCUUCUUCAGCGAUCCCCACCCUCCACCAGCGUGAAGAAGAAAGGAAAUAACCGUACUUAAUGGCUGACUGUAUGUGUGCGUGUAGCUUUAUUCCUCCCUCCCCUUUUCUUGCUGAAAUACUGAAUUUUGUGAAAGUGGAGAUGGCACUCCAAAUACACUUUGCAUCAUUCAUUUUGA